AUAUAUGUGAGUGCCUGUGUCUUCCACACAAGCAAGCGCAGGGUCCAGAGAGGACCUGUGCCUUUAAUUUGCCAACUGCAAAACUACAGAGUCUGUGCCUUGAAGGCAUCCCAUUACAGUGGAAUGAGCUAAGGAUCUACUCAGCUAUAUAAACCAGCAGAAACUGCUUACUCCAACCAGAGUUUGCCUUACUGUCAAACAUUCUCCCUCCCUCUCUUUUCCCCUCUCUCUGUCUUUCUCUCUCUGACUUGUCCCGUCUAUACCAUAGAUGGGACAAGUUUUCUGAUUUUUUCCCCUCAAGACAGAAGCGGACAAGAGUAAAGCAUCCUAUUUAUCCCCUGGAGACUUGACACAGCACAAGGAACUAACACAUAUCAAAGGCAAGCAGGACCAUUGAUAGGAAGGAGAGCUGAUCGGCACAAUCACAUCGAAACGAGCUUUUCUCAUUGUUCUUUUCUAUUGUGAACAUAAAGGAGAUUUGAAGCCAUAAGAGAAUUCCCAAGGAACUGAACCUCAGCAUGGGCCUCCAUGUUUGGGUACUGGCCUUGGUGACCAUCGCUUUAUUCCAUCAACACGUUCAUGGUGGACUCAUCAAAAGAAUUAUUCGGCAGAAGAGGGAGGCUGGACUCAAUGUCACAUUGCCGGAGGACAACCAGCCUGUGGUCUUUAACCAUGUCUACAAUAUUAAAGUCCCCGCAGGCAACCUCUGCUCUGUGGACUUGGACUCAGCAAGUGGCGACUCAGAACUCAAGACUCAGACUGAGCAGGACAAGCAAUACCAGGAGCAUACAUUGAAUGAGGAGAACCAGAUUGUCUUCACACACAGGAUAAACAUCCCACGACGGGCUUGUGGCUGUGCAGCAGCCCCUGAUAUCAAGGAUCUCCUAAGUAGGUUGGAGGAACUGGAGGGACUGGUGUCCUCUCUGCGAGACCAGUGCACCAGUGGAUCCGGGUGCUGCCCCAGUGGACAACCAGCAAUAGGUCACAUUGAUGCUACUCCCUACUGCAGUGGACGGGGAAACUACAGUAAUGAUGUCUGUGGCUGCAUCUGUGAACCUGGUUGGAAGGGCCCCAACUGCUCUGAACCAGAAUGCCCCCAGAAUUGCAACAACAGAGGGCAAUGUGUCAAUGGCAAGUGCAUUUGUGAUGAAGGCUUCACAGGGGAGGACUGUGGGCAACUGACAUGUCCUGGGGACUGCAAUGACCAAGGCAAAUGUGUUGAUGGCAAGUGUGUGUGUUUUGAUGGCUACGCCGGGGAGGACUGUAGCCAGGAAGUUUGCUUGGUGCCAUGCAGUGAGAAUGGGAAAUGCGUCAAUGGGCAGUGCAUCUGUACAGAAGGCUUCAGUGGGACAGACUGCAGCCAAUCCCUGUGCCUCAAUAAUUGCAAUAACCGUGGGCGCUGUGUGGAGGAGGAGUGUGAGUGUGACGAAGGUUACACUGGAGAAGAUUGCAGUGAGCUUAUUUGCCCCAACGACUGCUACGACCGUGGCCGUUGCGUUAAUGGGACCUGCUAUUGCGAUGCUGGGUUCACUGGAGAAGACUGUGGGGAAAUGACUUGUCCCAGCAACUGCCAUGGGAAUGGUCGUUGUGACAAGGGUUCGUGUGUAUGCUAUGAAGGGUUCAUGGGGGAUGACUGCGCCGACCGGAGGUGCCCCAAAGACUGCAACAAACGCGGCCGUUGCAUUAAUGGACAAUGUGUGUGCCAUGCAGGUUUCCUGGGCCUUGACUGUGGAGAAGUGAGAUGCCCCAGUGACUGCAACAACCACGGUCGCUGUGUGAAUGGCCAGUGCGUGUGCAAUGAAAAGUACAUGGGAGAUGACUGCAGUGAACUGCGGUGCCCCAAUGACUGCAAUAACCGUGGCCGCUGCAUCAAGGGGCAGUGUGAGUGUGAUGAGAGGUUUAUGGGGGAUGACUGUGGAGACUUGAAAUGCCCUAAUGACUGCCACAACCAUGGAAGGUGUAUCAAUGGGCAGUGCGUGUGCAACGAGGGCUUUGUGGGUGAGGACUGUGGGCAGCUGCAGUGCCCCAACGACUGCAACGACCGGGGACGCUGUGUCAAUGGCAAGUGUGUGUGUGAUGACAACUUCACUGGGGUGGACUGCAGUGAACUGCGGUGCCCAAAAGACUGCAACAGGCAUGGUCGCUGCAUCAAUGGCCAGUGUGUGUGUGAUGAGGGCUACACAGGGGAGGAUUGUGCUGAAAGGACCUGCCCCAAUGACUGCAACAACCGUGGGCGCUGCAUCAAUGGUGUGUGUGUUUGCAAUGAAGGCUUUGUUGGGGAUGACUGCCGAGAACUGGCCUGUGUGAACAACUGCAGUGGCCGAGGCCGUUGCAUGAACGGGCAGUGUGUUUGUGAAGAGGGCUUCACCGGGGUAGACUGCAGCCAACUGCAGUGCCCCAAAGACUGCAACAAUCAAGGGCGCUGCAUCAACGGAGUGUGCAUAUGCGACGAGGGAUACCAGGGACAAGAUUGCAGCGAGCAGUCCUGCCCCAACAACUGCAACGAUCUCGGUCGCUGUGUCAACGGACAGUGUGUCUGUGAAGAAGGUUAUGUAGGCGAUGACUGUUCUGAUGUAUUGCCUCCAAGAGAUCUGACAGUUACAGAUGUGACUGACAAGACUGUCAACCUGGAAUGGAAGAAUGAAAAUGUGGUCACUGAAUACCUCAUCACCUACAUCCCUACCGGAACUGGUGGCUUAGACUUUGAGUUCAGAGUGCCUGGGAACCAUACGUCAGCCACCAUCCGAGAGCUGGAGCCUGGUGUGGAAUACUUCAUCCGUGUUUUUGCCAUCCUGAAGAACAAGAAGAGCAUCCCAAUUAGUGCCCGGGUAGCCACUUAUUUGCCCGCUCCAGAUGGCUUGAAGUUCAAGUCUAUUAAAGAGACAUCAGUGGAGGUGGAGUGGGACCCCCUGGACAUCCCAUUCAGUGGAUGGGAGAUUGUUUUUAACAGCCUGAAGGAGGAAGACAAUGUGGGAAUCAGGAACAGUCUAAAGAAGCCUCAAACAUCGUAUUUGCAACCAGGCUUGGCACCAGGACAACAAUAUAAUGUGUCUCUUUAUGUUGUGAAGAAUCAAACCAGAGGACCUGGCCUCUCCAGGGUAAUAACAACAAAGCUUGAUGCCCCCAGCCAGAUUGAGGCAAAUGAUGUUACAGACACUACAGCACUGAUCACAUGGUUUAAACCAUUGGCUGAGAUUGAUGGUGUUGAGCUGACUUUUGGGCCCAAGAAUGUCCCUGGGGACCGAACAACCAUCGACCUCUCGAAGGAUGAUAGCCAAUACUCUAUUGGGAAUCUGAAACCACACACCGAAUAUGAGGUGACACUAGUGUCCCGACGUGGGGAUAUGGAGAGUGACCCUGUUACGGAAACCUUUGUCACAGAACUGGAUGCUCCCAAAAAUCUGAAGCACCUGUCUCAGACAGACAGCACCAUCACCCUGGAAUGGAAGAACAGCCAAGCAACACCAGAAGCUUACAGAAUUAAGUAUGCCCCCAUUUCUGGUGGAGAUCAUGCUGAAGUCACAGUACCCAGAAGUGACCAAGCCACAACCAAAGCUACACUCACAGGUCUCAGGCCAGGAACAGAAUAUGGCAUUGGAGUGACAGCUGUGAAGCAGGACAAAGAGAGCUCUCCUUCCACUAUUAAUGCUGGAACUGAUCUGGAUCGUCCCAAGGACUUGGAAAUCACUGAUCCUACCGAGACAACUCUCACUUUGCGGUGGAAAAUACCCCGGGCUAAAAUUGACCGCUAUCGCCUUACUUACAUGACCCCUGAUGGGAGGAAGAAUGAAAUGGAGAUUCCUGCCGAUAGCACGUCUCACAUCCUAAGGUCCCUAGGUGCUGGGACAGAGUACACCAUCAACCUUGUGGCAGAGAAGGGCAGGCACAAGAGCAAGCCUGCAACAGUGGUUGGCUCUACUGAAAAAGAGCCUGAGCUGGGGAAUUUAUCAGUCUCAGAGGUUCACUGGGAUGGAUUCCAGCUCACCUGGACGGCUGGAGAAGGGGCCUUUGAGAACUUUGUCAUGCAGGUGCAGGAGCCAAACCAGCCAGAAAAUGGACAUAAUAUCAGCAUCCCAGGCUAUUUGCGAUUUGCGAAUCUUACUGGCCUCCUGCCAAGCACUCUUUACACUAUCACUCUCUAUGGUGUGACUCGGGGCUACAGAACAAAGCCCCUUUCAGUUGAAUCCAUGACAGCGAUGAAGCCCGAAGUCAGCAACUUAACAGUUUGGGGCAUCACCCCUGAAGGCUUCAAUCUCUCCUGGAUCACCACCAAAGGAAACUUCGAGAGCUUUAUCAUUGAAAUUAUUGAUUCCAACAGGUUGCUGGAACCCAUGGAAUACAACAUCUCAGGCCAUUUAAAGGCUGCUCAUAUCUCAGGGCUGUCCCCUAAAACUAAUUUCAUUAUCUACCUCUAUGGAGUUACUCGUGGUUUCCGUACUCAGGCAUUAAGCGCUACAGCUACUACAGAAGCAGAACCUGAAGUGGACAACCUUCUGGUGUCAGAUGCAACCCCUGAUGGCUUUCGUCUGUCUUGGACGGCAGAUGAUGGAGCCUUUGACAGUUUUGUUCUUAAAAUAAGGGACACCAAUAUGGUAUCAGACCCUCUGGAACUAAUUGUACCAGGCCAUGAACGCACCCAAGAUAUAAUAGGGCUGAAAGAAGGCACAGGAUAUUACAUUGAUCUCUAUGGAGUUACCAGUGGACAACGUUCCCAACCUGUAAAUGCAAUCGCUACAACAGCAAUGGGACCUCCCAAGGAAAUUACAUUCUCUGAUAUUACCGAAGACUCAGCUGUGGUCAGUUGGACACCCCCACGGACAAGGGUGGACCUCUUCCGGAUUACCUAUGUUCCAGUUACAGGAGGUCCCCCCAAUUAUGUGACAGUAGAUGGAAGCAAGAGUAGAACUAAACUGGUAAAACUGAUCCCUGGCGUGGAGUACAUUGUCAGUAUCAUCUCUGUCAAAGGAUUUGAAGAAAGUGAGCCUGUUUCUGGAUCUGUGACCACAGCUCUGGAUAGUCCAUCAGGGCUAAUGGCAGUGAACAUCACUGAUUCCAAAGCACUGGCUGUUUGGCAGCCGGCAAUUGCUGCUGUUGAUGAGUACAUCAUUUCCUACGUUACUGAGGGUGAGCGUGAAAUUACUCAGAGUGUCUCAGGCAAUACUGUGGAAUAUGAUCUCACUGGCCUCCGUCCAGCCUCUGAAUAUACACUCCGGAUCUAUGCCACGAAGGGACCACAGAAAAGCACAGUCAUAUCCACCAAAUUCACUACAGACCUUGAUGCUCCAAGGGAUCUCACUGCAACUGAUGUUCAGUUUGAAACAGCACAGCUAACAUGGAAGCCCCCUCGUGCCCCUGUUACAGGUUACCUCUUGAUCUAUGAAUCAAUUGAUGGCAAAGUUAAGGAAGUUAUCCUGGGACCUGAGUCGAAUUCCUACAGCUUGUCAGAGCUGAGUCCAUCCACCCAGUACACAGUGAAAUUACAGGCCCUAAACCGGAAUUUGAAGAGCAAGAUCAUCCAAGCAAUAUUCACCACAACUGGACUCUUGUAUCCUUACCCCAGAGACUGCUCCCAAGCUCUAUUGAAUGGAGAAACAGCCUCUGGCCUCUACACUAUUUACCUAAAUGGCAACAAGUCUCAGCCUACAGAGGUGUUCUGCGACAUGAGUUCUGAUGGAGGUGGAUGGAUUGUGUUUCUAAGAAGGCAGAAUGGAGAGCAGGAAUUCUACCAGAACUGGAGGACUUAUGAGGCUGGAUUUGGAAAUCCCAAUGGUGAAUUCUGGCUAGGUCUGGACAAGCUCCACAAAAUCACUUCCCAGGGCCAGUAUGAGCUGCGGGUGGAUUUGCGUGACCAUGGUGAAACUGCCUAUGCCCUCUAUGACAAGUUUUUUGUCGGUGAUGCCAGGUCUCGCUACCGGCUGAAAGUGGAAGGAUAUAGUGGCACAGCAGGCGAUUCCAUGACCUAUCACAAUGCACGCCCCUUUUCCACCCACGACAAGGACCACGAUUCAGCAAUUACUAACUGCGCUUUAUCAUACAAAGGAGCUUUCUGGUACAAGAACUGCCACCGUGUUAACCUGAUGGGUAGAUAUGGGGACAACAACCACAGCCAGGGUGUCAACUGGUUCCACUGGAAAGGUCAUGAGCACUCCAUCCAGUUUGCAGAGAUGAAACUGAGACCCUACAGCUUUAGGAAUCUUGAAGGGAGACGAAAGAGAGCAUGAAUCCUCCACGGGGUUGGCUGACAGAAAGAAAAAGAAUGGUUGCUUGUUUGUUUGUUUUUCCAGAAAUUUGGGGGAAGGGAGAUUAGAAAUGGAGAUGGGAACUUUACCAAAGCAUCAGUGUUGCUUGACGUAACCUUGGCUCCCUUGACCAUUUUUUAUUGGGGGUGGGAAAGGCUUCUUCAAAACGUAGCGUGCUCAACUGAGCAUCCUUUUCCCCCUAUCUGUAGCUGGCUUUCUUUGCACCAAAGAUGACAAUCGCCAGGGAGGGAAGCGGGGAGGGGAGGGGAUGUCAGGGAAGAGGACACAAUCUGGCAUAUUCACACACAGAAUCACACACACAAAAUAUAUACAUUAUUAUUGUGAUCAUUAUUAGCCAUCCUUGAGCUUUAUUAGCUGAUGAUCUGGAAGCUUUUCCUAUAUAUACAGACUGGAUCCAGACUUCUCCAUGACUAACUGAAGCUCCAUUGGUUUCAGUGGGUUUACUCCAAGCAUGACUAAAGGUGCAAUCCUAUCUCCACUCACCUGGGAGUAGUGGUGGCUGGUGCACAUUUGGACUGGUAGGGUGGAUGGCAGAGUGCGCAACAGUAGGUGGCACCAGAGCCAAUGACAUUCUAGUUUUGUCCCCAUCCUCCUCCCUGCUGAGUUCGAAAAGGGCAACAGUGAGACAAAGAAGGAAGACCUAACUUCUUAGUAGGCAUGGUGGAGAUUGCACUGCAAGUCUGGAUCCACCUCUCUCUAUAUAUAUUUCUAAAAAACACAGAUAUAGAAAAGGGCAAGGAAGAAAACAGCCCUAUUUAAACAUUUCAUCCUAAGAUUAAUAUUAUUAAUAUAAUGAAAAGAAAUGAAAUGAAAAGAAAAGGAUGAUAAUAAUAAUAAGCUAAGUUUUUUGUCAUCAAGGUUUUUUUUUUAAACAAUCCAUGCUUUCCAAAACACAGCAGGACAGUGUCUGAUUGUACAUUUUUAAAAAAAUUAAAUAAAAGCACAAUUUUACUUUUA